AUGUUGGGGGGCUAUAGGCGUGCUUGUGGGUGCCGACUUGGGAGAGGGCGUGUGUCGGGCAAUGAAGGACGACCUAGGUGCACGAGUGAGGCCGUUGCAAGGGAGAAGGGUUCCGGUGUGGUGAUGGUUGUAGGUGAAGAGCAACAAGAUUAUAGUGAUGGCCGCAGGUGGGGGCGAGAGGGUCGUGGUGGAGCUGUGGGUGAGGGGGCUGGCGUGUAG